ACACAGAAGCAUUUUGUUGCUGGUGUGAAUCAAUUCGUCUUUCAGCGUUGACCUUUAUCUGCUCCCAGUGUCUUCCACAAUGUCUGCGCAACUCACUCCCUCGAAGCAGGCCGCCAGCUCUCUAGAGAACCUCAAGAUGAAUGAUUCCCCCGUCAAGAAGCUCAAUUUUGAAGCUGCCGGCAAAGAGAACGCUCCCGUCUCGAACCCCAUGGUCGACGUGCCGGCCACCAAGCCCGCUACAGAGAAGCCUGUUGAGCCUUCUAAGGCUGCUCUUGACGUCAAGGCUAUUGAGGCCAAUGAACCUCUGCUUCAAGAGAACCCUCACCGUUUUGUCUUGUUCCCUAUCAAGUACCAUGAGAUCUGGCAAAUGUACAAGAAGGCCGAAGCUUCUUUCUGGACUGCCGAAGAAAUUGAUCUCUCCAAGGAUCUUCACGACUGGAACAACCGUUUGAACGAGGACGAGCGCUACUUUAUUUCCCGCGUUUUGGCUUUUUUCGCCGCUUCCGAUGGCAUUGUUAACGAGAACCUGCUCGAGCGCUUCAGCGGUGAGGUGCAGAUUCCCGAGGCUCGUUGCUUCUACGGUUUCCAGAUCAUGAUUGAGAACAUCCACGCCGAGACCUACUCUCUUCUGAUUGAUACUUACAUCAAGGAGCCGAAGCAGCGCACCUACCUCUUUGAUGCCAUUGAUACCAUUCCUUGCAUUCGCAAGAAGGCCGACUGGGCUAUUAAGUGGAUCCAGGACAAGGAGUCCACCUUCGCUCAACGCCUCGUUGCCUUUGCUGCCGUCGAGGGUAUCUUCUUCUCCGGCUCUUUUGCCUCAAUUUUCUGGCUGAAGAAGCGAGGCUUGAUGCCCGGUCUUACCUUCUCCAACGAGCUCAUCUCUCGUGAUGAGGGUCUUCACACCGACUUUGCCUGCCUGCUCUUCUCGCACCUUAACUGGCGCCCAUCCAAGAAAGUUGUUGAGGACAUCAUCGUCGAGGCUGUCGCUAUCGAGAAGGAGUUCCUGACUGAUGCUCUUCCUUGCGCGCUCCUGGGCAUGAACGCUAAGCUUAUGUGCCAGUACAUUGAAUUUGUUGCUGACCGUCUCCUGGUCGCUCUCGGCAACAAGAAGUACUUCAACGCUACCAACCCUUUUGACUUCAUGGAGAGUAUCUCCUUGGCUGGUAAGACCAACUUCUUCGAGAAGCGGGUCGGUGACUACCAGAAGGCUGGUGUCAUGGCCAGCACCAAGAAGGAUCCCAAGCAAGACGAGACCAAGACCAGCGACGGCAACGGUUUGUCCUUUGACGAGGACUUUUAAACGGCGCAACAUUAUACCCCUUCCCUCUUUGUUUUGUUCAUUGAUUGAUGAUUAUUGAAGGAUACGCAUGGGCUCGGCGUUUGUAUAGGCGGUUUCUUUUGUUUAAUGUCUAAAUUGUCUUGUCUCAUGUCACGGUAUGGGAUACGGCAUGUAUUUAGUGAAUAGGAUAUCAAUUGUACAUUGGAUAGUUAAUUGGCUAUGCGCUGUAUUC